GCCCGGCGCCCGGCGCGGAGGGGGCGUGGGACCGGGGACCAGCCCCGAAGCGCAGGAUGGAGGAGGAGAUGCAGCCGGCAGAGGAGGGGCCCAGCGUCCCCAAAAUCUACAAGCAGCGCAGCCCGUACAGCGUCCUCAAGACGUUCCCCAGCAAGCGACCGGCGCUGGCCAAGCGUUACGAGCGACCCACCCUGGUGGAGCUGCCGCACGUGCGGCCGCCCCCGCCGCCCUUCGCGCCGCACGCCGCGGUCUCUAUCAGCAGCAGCGAGCCGCCGCCGCCGCAGCAGUUCCAGGCGCAGAGCUCUUACCCCUCCGGGCCCGGCCGGGCCGCCGCCGCCGCCUCAUCGUCGUCUCCAUCGUGCACGUCCGCCGCGCCCCAGGGCCACUUGAGGACUCCGGCGCCGCCGCCCGCGGCCCCCGCCGCCUCGUCAUCCUCGUCUUUCGCCGCCGUCGUCAGGUACGGCUCGGGCCCGGCGGCCGCCGCGGGCAGCAGCAGCACGGGCGGCGACGGCGCCAGCCUGGAGCUCAGCGCAGAGAGUCGUAUGAUCUUGGACGCUUUUGCUCAACAAUGCAGCCGAGUCCUUAGUCUCUUAAAUUGUGGAGGAAAACUUCUGGACUCCAACCAUUCUCAGACCAUGAUUUCUUGCAUAAAGCAGGAAGGCUCAAGUUAUAUCGAACGGCAGGAACCAUGUCCUGCUGGGAAAGGGGUCCACAGUCAGACCUCAGACAAUGUAGACAUAGAGAUGCAAUAUAUGCAAAGGAAGCAACAAACUUCUGCCUUCUUGAGGGUUUUCACCGACUCCCUACAAAAUUACCUGCUCUCAGGGAGCUUUCCGACUCCAAACACCUCCUCGGUCAGUGAGUAUGGCCACCUGGCGGAUGUGGAUCCACUGUCAACGUCCCCAGUGCACACACUAGGUGGCUGGACCUCCCCAGCAACAUCCGAAUCCCAUGGUCACCCAUCCUCUUCUACACUGCCCGAGGAGGAAGAGGAGGAGGAAGAGGAAGGCUACUGUCCUCGGUGCCAAGAGCUGGAACAGGAGGUGAUUUCACUGCAACAAGAAAAUGAAGAGCUCAGAAGAAAGUUAGAGAGCAUCCCAGUGCCCUGCCAGACAGUUCUAGAUUACCUGAAGAUGGUCCUGCAGCACCACAACCAGCUCAUGAUCCCACAGCCAGCUGACCAGCCGACCGAGGGAAGCAAGCAGCUGUUGAACAACUAUCCUGUCUACAUAACGAGCAAACAGUGGGACGAGGCUGUAAAUUCAUCAAAGAAAGACGGGAGGCGGCUCCUUCGAUACCUCAUCAGAUUUGUUUUCACAACCGAUGAGCUUAAGUACUCAUGCGGCCUUGGGAAAAGGAAAAGGUCAGUGCAGUCAGCAGAGACAGGUCCUGAAAGACGCCCUCUGGAUCCAGUUAAAGUAACAUGCCUCCGAGAAUUCAUUAGGAUGCACUGUACCUCCAACCCCGACUGGUGGAUGCCCUCAGAGGAACAGAUAAACAAAGUGUUCAGCGACGCUGUGGGUCACGCCCGGCAGGGGCGGGCAGUGGGGACUUUCCUGCACAACGGUGGCUCAUUUUAUGAAGGGAUUGAUCACCAGGCUUCCCAGGAUGAAGUCUUCAAUAAAAAUUCCCAGGAUGGGUCUGGUGAUUAGUGGACAGAAACCUGUCCACACUAGCAGCCGGUCCUCUCAAGAGUUCCAAUUGUGAAUGUCCUGUACCAUCACUUUAGAAUCCAAAGCAUGUCAUUCUGUCAGACU